GCCAGCAUCACGGCUGUGGCCACCCUCCCGCCUCUGGAAGAAGACGCUGCAAAGUGUGACCGAAUGUUCGUGAGUAAUUCCGAUGGUCUGAAGAACGGAACUUUUAGCGCCCCCUACAUGGAAAACAUUCAGAAUUACUCUCGCCAGUGCAUUUACACCUUCAUCGCCACCGAGGACGAAAGAGUUCAGAUCACAUUUACCCACUUUAAUCUCCGAGGAGCUAAGCCCCAGUGCAACCACGAAUACAUCGACCUUUAUAUGGAAAUCGAAGAUCCUGGAGUGGAAUUGAUCAGGACUCCGUUCGGUGGUCGUAUAUGUGGCAAAAACAUUCCUGUUUCGCGCAUAUCUAUGUACGAAACACUUGUCCUAGCUUUCUAUACCGACAAAAGCAGAGUAACGCCAGAUCUCUUCGGAGGCACUUACGAAUUUAUCGAUGCAGCGCAGUACGUCAUGGGCACCCCUACUCCAAACACAGUAUGCAGCUACAGAGUAUACAGUGACAGGAAGAGAGAAGGUGAUAUGAUGUCCCCUACCUACCCUGGUGUAUAUCCAAAGAAUUUAAAAUGCAACUACAACUUCUUCGGGAAGAGAGGACAGAGAGUCAGACUGGAGUUCAUGGAUUUUGAUCUCCUCUACGGAGGUCCACACUGUCCUUUCGACUACGUUAAAAUAUACGAUGGAGAUACUGAAGAAGAUCCUCUUAUCCAAACAUAUUGUGGUCAACAGCGAAAUUUAGUUGUGUUUUCAUCUUCAGAAAAUCUUUACGUCAAAUUUGUUACACUGCAGCGAAAUGCGGACACAUCGAAUCGAGGCUUUAAAGCUGCCUAUGAAUUCAGUGAGAGAUUUGUUAGUUUAGAUUUCAUCAGUAAAACCGACGGCGAACACAUCCGUGGAACGCAAUGUGAUCAGAAAAUUCUCAGUAAGCGUGGAUCAAGCGGCAUGGUUUUCUCCCCUAAUUAUCCUUACCCUUAUCAUCCUAAUGUCGUAUGUCGAUAUUAUGUAUACGGAAUGCAAGAUGCUCAAAGACUGGAGCGGGUCAGAUUACAAUUCGAAAAAUUUGAAAUUCCGUCAGUUAACGGAGUCUGCACAGACGGAUUUCUGCGUAUUUACCUUCAAGGUCAAGAGGAACGAUACGCGUUGGACGAAUUUGAUCACAAUCUGUGUGGGCAAAAUCUUCCUCCUGCUUUGAAAUCUGAAGGUCCACGUCUAGUAAUGAUAUUCAAGAGCGGUUCCACUCAAGGACAAGGAUUUAAAGCCCGGUAUUAUUUCGAAGCAGAUUACCAAGUGCCUGGUACUGCGUCCCCAAACGGAUCGUGCCAGUUUUUUUACCGCAGCGAAAGCCAAAAAACGGGAGAUUUCAACUCUCCCCACUAUCCAGCCAAUUACCCUUCCACCAUGCAGUGUGAGUAUUAUUUUUUCGGGCUGACGGGAGAGCAAGUUAAUUUAGUUUUCAAUUACUUCAAGACUAAAAUGGAAAUUGAAGCCUAUGGAUACAACGAGAUAUGCCAGGAAGACUGGUUAGAAAUCUACGAAGUCUACCCUUCUGGCCGCGAAAGGAAGUUGGGCCGGUAUUGCGGACGCACCGCUCCAGGACCUAUCAUGUCUGAAGUCGGAGUGGACGCAAUGAAAGUCAUUUUGCACACAGAUGACAAGGGAGUAGCAUCGGGAUUCACAGCCACCUAUGAGUUCUUUCCCGCAGUCACGCGAUAUGUUG